CCUGAGAGUCCCAGGCGGGUGGGGGUGUGCGAUACUCGGGGAGCUGGGGCAUGUUUGCAUCACGAAACUGGGCUGGGGGAGAGCAGAGGCGGCCGGGAGGGGCUGUGGGAGGAGGCGGCUCAGGAAGGCAGGCCAACGCCCCCUGUGUGUGUUUCUGUCCUGAGCCUGUUACUUUUUUGGCCCCCAAUCCCUCUCUUCUUCCUCAGCUUGUCCUCCAUCUUCCCCUCCUUUACCCUUGGUUCCCACAUGCACAGAUGCUAUGGAUGCUUUUCCUCCCCUGUCACCACUCAGUCGCGGCGUCCCCCACUGACCCCCCAGGCCCCUCAUCCACCCGCUGCCCAAGAAUCCCCAGCCCUGCACCCUCCCCAUGGCUCAGGUCUGCCCUAUCCUGGCCUCCCUGCACUUCACUCUGCUCCUCCCCUACCUGGGCCUUAAAACCCCGCCUGCAGCUGAGAGCCUGCAGAGUCCUCAGGUGGCACUGUCAGAGUCGCUUGGUGGGAACCUGUGCCAGCCCGCAGGGGACGCAGAUGUCCUCAGCCUGGCAGUGCAUCCGGAGGGCCUGUGUGAGCUCAGCCCAGGUGUGACAGCAGGGUGGCAAGAGCAGCAGCACCCUCACGGCAUUCGAUGGGCGGAGGCCCCUCAAGGUGACACCCACCACUCAGCUGAGUGGGACCAGGAGCCUGCUUUGUACUCUGCAAGGACCAGAGACACCUGCAAGAGGCACGGAGAGGAGGAGCCUUUCAAGAGGUUCACAGAACUGAGGACUGGCCUGGCCUGGGGACACCAACAAGCCUUCCCCUCCUGCUGGGCACAGAGACACCCACCCAGCACACCAGACACACCCUUUGAGUCACCUAGGCUGCCUGGGGCUGAGAAGACCUAACCGAGGGGCCAGAUGGCUUCGACUGGCUUAGAACUGCUGGGCAUGACCCUGGCUGUGCUGGGCUGGCUGGGGACCCUGGUGUCCUGUGCCCUGCCCCUGUGGAAGGUGACCGCCUUCAUCGGCAACAGCAUCGUAGUAGCCCAGGUGGUGUGGGAGGGGCUGUGGAUGUCCUGCGUGGUGCAGAGCACGGGCCAGAUGCAGUGCAAGGUGUACGACUCGCUGCUGGCGCUGCCACAGGACCUGCAGGCUGCACGUGCCCUCUGUGUCAUCGCCCUCCUGCUGACCCUGCUUGGCCUCCUGUUGGCCAUCACAGGUGCCCAGUGUACCACAUGUGUGGAGGAUGAAGGUGCCAAGGCCCGUAUCAUGCUCACCGCGGGAGUCAUCCUCCUCCUCGCUGGCAUCCUGGUGCUCAUCCCUGUGUGCUGGACGGCGCACGCCAUCAUCCAGGACUUCUACAACCCCCUGGUGGCUGAAGCCCUCAAGCGGGAGCUGGGAGCCUCCCUCUACCUGGGCUGGGCGGCAGCCGCACUGCUUAUGCUGGGCGGGGGGCUCCUCUGCUGCACGUGCCCCCCGCCCCAGGUCGAGCGGCCCCAUGGACCGACGCUGGGCUACUCCAUCCCCUCCCGCUCAGGCGCGUCUGGACUGGACAAGAGGGACUACGUGUGAGGCAGAGGCUUCCCCUGGGAGCCCGCUGCUCCCCACUGCUCCGCACCUUCCACCUUGGCCUGGUGACCAGAUGCCCUGCUCCACCACAACCUCCUUCCCCAGGAAAACCCACUUUCCAAAAGCCCAAGCUAUACCUGGCCGCAGGGCUGGGUCAGCUGGCCUGGCUGAGCUCUUCUCAAUGGGGUCCCCUUUGAUGUUCUCCCCCAAGCUGGGCAGCCCAGAGGUGUUGGGCACCCUGGCCUGCCCCCGCCUCCCCAGUAGUUGUUUCCUUCCAUUGCCCAGGAUACUGGCUGGCCUUCUUUCUCUUCUGAGCCCUCCCCUGUCCCAGGAACCCUGACCUCACCGAAAGGGCAGCAGCUCAUUGGCUCCAAAACCAAGGAGCAGACCAUGCCCUCCCAACCCUGGAGUUGGCAGGGAGGGCCUGCCCAUCACCUCCCCUCCCCAACACCCCCACCCGCGAGUUGGAAAUAAAGAGCAUUUGUAACUGG